CCGUCUUAUUUGCUCUUGCAAUCCUGGAUAUUCAAUUUCUCGCUUUCAAUUUACAAUUGACACAAUACUAUAUUAUUUGAGUUCCUUUUACUAGUUAGCAAAUGAUUAAAAUGUUGGGUAAAGUGGCGCAUAUAGGUUUUGAUGUUAUUCUUCUUUCUGGUUUCCUUGCUGGUGUGAAACGAUCUACUGGAAUAACUCCAAAUUUAGAAUCAAUUGAAAAUAAGGAUGUAAAGUAUUACAGUCAGAAAUACUUGGAUUUGGGUGAACGAGCCUUUGAUUGGAGCGUGGCAUAUUUGGGUUCAUCCGAAUAUUUCACAAGAAAGUAAACGAUUUUUCUUUUAGCCUAGUUCGUUUUAGUUUUGAAUGUACGUGUGCAUUAUUU